UCUUGUCAUUUGAAGUUUUAUUUUGAUAAAGGAGAAGUGGUCUUUAUUUUGCAGUGCCGUCAAAAGAGAUCGGAUGCUGUUGGAACUUGCGUGACCAAGGUGGGAACCAAGACAUGUGUGUUGAAGUUUUGUCCUACGUGCCUGUUGAGCAGGUACGGAGAGAUUGGAGAGGAGGUUGCGUUGAAUGAUAACUGGGUUUGUCCCAGAUGUAGGAAAAUUUGCAAUUGUAGUAGCUGCAUGAUAAAUAAAGGUGAGAAGCCUACUGGGAUGUUGACAGCCACAGCUAAGAAAAAUGGUUGCUCCAAUGUCUAUGAGUUCCUUAAGAAAGAGGGUUCUGACAAAUACUUUUACAGGGGAAAGAUGAAACCGGAAAAUGUUAUUGGACAGGGGAAUUGUGCUGAAGAGACAAAUGAUUCAAGUGCUGGCUGCAGCGAGGAGAAUGCUGCGGCAAGAGCCAAACGAGUUCUCAAGGAGAAAGAGGAGUUUCAGCUUGAGGAGGUUAAGCUACCACAGGGCAUCCAAUCAAUCACUGUUUCAAAUGUUGACUUGGAUCCUGAUAAUGCUGGAAGUGUGCUUCAGUUUUUAGAGUUCUGCUUGACUUUUAGAGAGGCUCUGGGUUUGAGGGACGGCCAGGCUCAAUUGGUUGUACAUGAGGUUCUAUCUGGGAGAAGCACGGGGAGCCAAGAGUAUUCGACGCUUACCCAGACGAUAAUCCAGUUACUGACUCUUAUACUAGUAGACAGAGGAGAUAUAUCGGUUGGCAUUGGUGCAACAGAUGAUAGGUGGUUCACUAUUCUUGGAGAAUGUCUUGCGGAAUCAGAAGUUAAGCUUGAUGACUUCCCUCCUCAGAUGUUUCAGAAAGGCAUUUCUGAGUAUGCGGAGAUGGAUUCAUUUCAAAAGCUUAAGCUUUUGAAUUUUGUAUGCGAUGAAGCACUUGGCACAUCGGUGAUGAGGAAUUUCAUUGAAAACUAUGAAAACCCUAAAUAUGUUGAAAAGAAAAAGAAAGCAGAAGAAACAUUGAAUGCAGCAGAAGCUAAGGAGAAACAACUGUAUCAGAAGAUAAAAGAUGACUUUGCCAAAACUGAAGCAGAUAAUAAUGGGGUUGCAUUAACAAUCGAACAACGGGUUGCAAUUAUAUCGCAAAUGUCUGAUGAAACUGAAGAAGUUCAUUUUGAAAUGAAAAAGGCAUUAGAAAUGCAACCUAAAGGUCAAGAAUAUAACGAUGCUCUUAGAACCAACCCGGUUGAACUCGAUGACAAUGGUCUUAUUCUCUGGAAUUUGAAGUCGUACAAUGAAGAACCAACCAUUUUGCUUCAAGAUUUGGGAAGCUGUAGUAACAUAUGCCCUCAUGAAAAAUGGUAUUCUUUUAGCUCCCAGCAGAAACCACAGGUUGAGAAGUACAUCACUUUCAAAAGGAAGAAAAGUCUUAUAGAAAAGAAGAUGGAGAAGAAGAGAAAGGCUGUUACUGAGUAGUAGUGAUGAUUUUUUCCAUUUGCCUGCAAGCACAUAAUACAAAAAAUGUUUUUGCUAAGCAGAGGUAAAAUGGUUGACUCAUGCGCUCU